UAAUAAGGAUGUUAUUGAUGAUUAUCUCUUAUUUAUGUCAUUAGGUUGCUCUGGUCAUAGAACCAAAGGACAAAGAGGCAAGUGCCAUGUACAAACAAGCUCUGGAGCUACUUUCACAAGCUUUGGAGGUGUGGCCGAAUGCUAAUGUAAAAUUUAAUUACUUGGAAAAGCUUCUGAGCAGUAUACAGCCAUCUCAAGCAAAGGAUCCAUCCACUGCACUUGCACAGGGUUUGGAUGUCAUGAACAAAGUGUUAGAGAAACAACCUCACUUGUUCAUAAGAAAUAACAUUAAUCAGAUUUCUCAAAUUCUUGAACCAUGUUUCAAGCAUAAACUGUUAGAUGCUGGCAAAUCAUUUUGCUCACUGUUGAGGAUGAUUUUUGUUGCUUUUCCUCAAGAAGCACCUACCACACCUGCAGAUGUUAAGUUAUUGUACCAGAAGCUUGAUGAUUUGAUACAGAAGCAUGCUACCACUGUCACAGCUCCUCAAACGGCAAGCGAUGACAAUAAUGCUAGUUCAAUUAGUUUCGUAUUGCUUGUCAUAAAAACCUUGACAGAGGUACAAAGGAACUUUGUUGAUCCUUUAAUUUUGGUUCGCAUUCUUCAACGGCUACAACGAGAUAUGGGUUCAGCGGCAGGGCCUCAUUUAAGACAAGGACAGAGAACAGAUCCAGAUUCAGCAGUCACAUCUUCUCGUCAAGGUGCUGAUGUUGGAGCAAUUAUUUCAAAUGUAAAAUCAAUUUUGAAACUUAUCACUGAUAGAGUGAUGGUUGUUUCUGAGUGCAAGCGGUCUGUGUCUCAAAUAUUGAAUGCUUUACUCUCAGAGAAAGCAAUUGAUGCUAGUGUACUUCUUUGCAUACUUGAUGUGGUUAAAGGGUGGGUUGAAGAUGACUUCUGUAAACAAGGAACUCCAAUCACGCCAGGUUCCUUUCUCACCCCCAAGGAGAUAGUUUCUUUUCUUCAAAAGCUGUCACAAGUUGACAAGCAAAAUUUCACACCAGUUGCUCUGGAAGAGUGGGACAGGAAAUAUCUUGAACUUCUAUACGGGAUUUGUGCAGAUUCAAAUAAAUACCCUUUACCUUUGCGUCAAGAGAUUUUUCAGAAGGUGGAAAGGCUAUAUAUGCUUGGUUUACGAGCCAAAGAUCCAGAAGUUAGGAUGAAAUUUUUCUCUCUCUAUCACGAGUCUCUUGGAAAAACUCUUUUUACCAGACUUCAAUUUAUCAUCCAAAUUCAAGACUGGGGGGCUUUGAGUGAUGUCUUCUGGCUCAAGCAAGGCCUUGAUCUUCUCCUGGCAAUAUUGGUUGAGGAUAAACCUAUUACACUAGCUCCAAAUUCUGCCAGAGUUCAACCCCUUUUCGUUUCAGGUUCUAUUAUGGAAUUGAGUGGGAUGCCACAUAAGGUGAAUGAUGUACUUGAAGGAUCUGAGGAUGCUCCUUUAACACUGGAGACCCUUGUGCAUAAGCAUGCCCAGUUUCUUAACAGCAUGAGCAAACUCCAGGUGGUUGAUCUAUUAAUUCCCUUGAGAGAGCUAGCUCACACAGAUGCUAAUGUUGCGUACCAUUUGUGGGUACUGGUAUUUCCAAUUGUCUGGGUUACAUUGCAUAAAGAAGAACAGGUAACACUUGCAAAACCUAUGAUUAAUCUUUUGUCUAAAGAUUACCACAAAAAGCAGCAAGCCAACAGACCAAAUGUAGUGCAAGCUCUAUUAGAAGGGCUUCAGUUGAGCCAUCCUCAACCCAGAAUGCCAAGCGAGCUUAUUAAAUAUAUUGGGAAAACUUAUAAUGCAUGGCACAUUGCACUAGCUUUGUUGGAAAGUCAUGUUAUGUUGUUCCCCAAUGAUUCCAAAUGCUCCGAGUCUCUGGCUGAGCUCUAUCGUUUGCUCAAUGAAGAGGAUAUGAGAUGUGGGUUGUGGAAGAAGAGAUCAGUGACUGCAGAAACCCGGGCUGGCCUUUCUCUUGUUCAGCAUGGCUAUUGGCAUCGUGCCCAAAGUCUCUUCUAUCAAGCCAUGGUGAAGGCAACUCAAGGAACAUAUAAUAACACUGUGCCUAAGGCUGAGAUGUGUCUAUGGGAAGAGCAGUGGUUAUACUGUGCUAGUCAACUUAGUCAAUGGGAAGCACUGGCAGACUUUGGCAAGAGUGUUGAGAAUUACGAAAUUCUGCUUGACAGUCUUUGGAAAUUGCCUGACUGGACAUAUAUGAAAGAGCAUGUCAUUCCCAAAGCUCAAGUGGAAGAAACUCCAAAGCUUCGUCUAAUUCAAGCAUACUUUGCUCUUCAUGAUAAAAAUACAAAUGGUGUGGGGGAUGCUGAGAAUAUGGUAGGUAAAGCUGUUGAUCUUGCUCUGGAACAAUGGUGGCAGCUGCCUGAAAUGUCUGUUCAUUCCAGAAUUCCUCUUCUGCAGCAAUUCCAACAAAUAGUUGAAGUUCAAGAGUCAGCUAGGAUUCUAAUAGAUAUUUCCAAUGGAAAUAAACUCUCAGGAAAUUCAGUGGUUGGUGUGCAAGGGAACCUUUAUGCUGAUCUGAAGGACAUCCUUGAGACAUGGAGACUUAGAACCCCAAAUGAAUGGGAUAAUAUGUCUGUUUGGUAUGAUUUGCUGCAGUGGAGGAACGAAAUGUACAACUCUGUCAUUGAUGCUUUCAAAGAUUUUGGUGCCACAAAUUCAGCACUUCAUCAUCUUGGUUACCGUGACAAAGCGUGGACUGUAAACAGGCUUGCUCACAUUGCUCGCAAGCAAGGCCUUUUUGAUGUCUGUGUCACCAUACUUGAAAAAUUAUACGGCCAUUCAACUAUGGAAGUGCAGUAUUUACAGGAAGCGUUUGUUAAGAUUACUGAACAAGCAAAGGCAUACCUAGAAAGUAAGGGAGAACUUACAAGUGGUAUUAAUCUGAUCAACAGCACUAAUCUAGAGUAUUUUCCUGCAAAGCAUAAGGCUGAAAUUUUCCGUCUGAAAGGGGAUUUCUUGUUAAAAUUGAAUGAUUCCGACUCUACUAAUGUUGCUUAUUCAAAUGCCAUUAGUCUUUUCAAAAACUUGCCGAAAGGAUGGAUAAGCUGGGGAGACUACUGUGAUAUGGCAUACAGAGAAACUCAUGAAGAGAUUUGGUUGGAAUAUGCUGUCAGCUGCUUUUUGCAAGGUAUAAAAUUUGGUGUGUCCAAUUCAAGAAGCCAUCUUGCUCGUGUGCUUUAUCUUCUUAGCUUUGAUACUUCUAAUGAGCCUGUUGGAAGGGCAUUUGAUAAGUACUAUGAACAAAUACCACAUUGGGUUUGGCUCUCUUGGAUUCCACAGCUCUUGCUCUCUCUUCAGAGGACCGAAGCACCUCACUGUAAACUUGUUCUUAUGAAGAUUGCAACGUUGUAUCCUCAGGCUUUGUAUUAUUGGUUGCGCACAUACUUACUGGAACGACGUGAUGUUGCGAAUAAAUCUGAACUUGGUAGGAUUGCAAUGGCUCAACAAAGAACACAACAGAGUGUUUCUGGUACUAGUACUGGUUCUCUUGGUGGGUUGGCUGAUGGAAAUGCAAGAGUACAGGGUCCAGGGGGGAGUAACUUGCCAACUGAUAUUCAAUCUCACCAAAGCUCCCAGCCUGCGGGUGGAAUUGGAUCUCAUGAUGGUGGAAACUCACAUGGGCAAGAACCUGAAAGGUCUACAAGUGUAGAAAGCAACAUGCACAAUGGAAAUGACCAACCUUUGCAGCAAGGUUCUGCAAACCUCAAUGAAGGUGGUCAAAACACUUUAAGACGUGCUGCUGGUGCUUUAGGUUUUGUGGCUUCAGCUGCCAGUGCUUUUGAUGCUGCAAAAGAUAUAAUGGAGGCCCUUAGGGGCAAGCAUGCUAAUUUGGCUAGUGAACUCGAGAUCUUGCUAACGGAAAUUGGUUCAAGAUUUGUCACUCUUCCUGAAGAGAGGCUUCUGGCAGUGGUUAAUGCUUUGCUUCAUCGCUGCUAUAAAUAUCCAACAGCUACAACGGCUGAAGUUCCUCAGUCUCUCAAGAAAGAACUCUCUGGUGUUUGUAGAGCUUGCUUUUCUGCUGACGCCGUAAAUAAGCAUGUUGAUUUUGUGAGGGAGUACAAACAGGAUUUUGAACGAGAUCUAGAUCCAGAAAGCACUGCCACUUUUCCAUCUACCCUCUCUCAACUGACUGAGCGGUUGAAACACUGGAAAAAUGUUCUUCAAAGCAAUGUUGAGGAUCGGUUUCCAGCAGUAUUAAAGCUGGAAGAAGAAAGCAAGGUAUUGCGGGACUUCCAUGUUAUUGAUGUUGAAGUUCCAGGGCAAUAUUUCACUGAUCAGGAAAUUGCACCAGAUCAUACUGUUAAGUUGGAUAGGGUUGCGGCAGAUAUUCCAAUUGUGCGGAGGCAUGGUAGCAGUUUUCGCCGUUUGACACUAAUUGGCUCUGAUGGCUCCCAACGUCAUUUUAUUGUUCAGACAUCUUUGACUCCCAAUGCUAGAAGUGAUGAGCGCAUAUUGCAGCUUUUCCGUGUGAUGAACCAAAUGUUUGAGAAGCACAAGGAAUCAAGACGCCGUCACAUAUGCAUUCACACACCCAUAAUUAUUCCUGUUUGGUCUCAGGUUCGCAUGGUGGAGGAUGAUUUGAUGUAUAGUACUUUCCUUGAGGUCUAUGAGAAUCAUUGUGCAAGGAAUGACCGUGAGGCAGAUCUUCCGAUAACCUAUUUCAAGGAGCAGUUGAACCAAGCUAUCUCUGGCCAAAUAUCACCAGAAGCUGUUGUUGAUCUUCGUCUGCAAGCCUAUAAUGAGAUCACGAAAAAUCUUGUUAAUGACAACAUUUUUUCGCAGUAUAUGUAUAAAACACUACCGAGUGGCAACCAUAGUUGGGCUUUCAAGAAGCAGUUUGCCGUCCAGUUAGCCCUUUCAAGUUUCAUGUCCUUUAUGCUACAAAUUGGUGGGAGGUCUCCGAAUAAGAUUUUGUUUGCUAAGAACACUGGAAAAAUAUUCCAAACUGAUUUUCAUCCUGCAUAUGAUCCAAAUGGGUUGAUUGAGUUUAACGAACCAGUCCCAUUUAGACUGACAAGGAAUAUGCAAGCCUUCUUCUCCCAUGGCGUGGAAGGCCUAAUCGUAUCCUCAAUGUGUGCAGCUGCGCAGGCUGUGGCUUCACCUAAGCAAAGUCAGCACCUGUGGCAUCAUCUAGCAAUGUUUUUCCGCGAUGAGCUACUGUCUUGGUCUUGGAGAAGGCCCCUUGGGAUGCCCAUGGCCUCUAUGGCUGCAGGUGGUACCAUGAGCCCAGUUGACUUCAAGCAGAAAGUUAUCACAAAUGUGGAACAUGUUAUUACGAGGGUUAAGGGAAUCGCUCCUCAAAAUUUUUCUGAAGAGGAGGAGAAUGUUAUGGAUCCACCACAACCUGUGCAGAGGGGUGUUACUGAAUUGGUUGAAGCAGCCUUGAACCCUAGGAACUUGUGCAUGAUGGAUCCAACGUGGCAUCCCUGGUUUUAAGUUCUGAUGGUAGUCUUUUCUUGAAAAGUAACAGCACUGUAAAUAUGUGUACAUAUUCCAGCUUUGCAGAGUAGUGAUAGUUAAUAUGUUGAAUCCAAUUGUUAAAUUGAUAUAUAUUAGGUCUCAUUUUUCUUCUGCUAUAGGCUAGAGCUAUACACAGUAGAGUAUUAGUUACAGGAGCAUGAUGAGGGACCGACAUGUAUAAUUAAGGGUUCAUUGAUUUGUAGAAGACAUUUGUAUACAUCUGUGAAUCAUCGAGUAAAUGACUGUUUAAAGUGUGUUGAGAAUUAA